AUGGAAAAAAUAUCUCAUAACUAUUGUCCUUAUUUUUACUUAUCUGAAAAAAUUGUGAAUAAAGGAGGAAAUCGAGUUGCUGUGUGUAACUGUUGUAUAAAUGCUUUAGGAUUUAAAGUUGUAUCAAAAAAAGAAGA